CCGCCUUUGAGUGCCCAACAGCUUGUCCGCAACGGAUGCCCGAAAGAGACAAACUUAGCUGUCUGGCUCCAGGCAUUUAUAACCCGGAAAAUGAGCGUCUUCUAUAUUGUACACAGCACCAGCGCGCUCUGCUGUCUACCUUCCUUCCCAUUUCUGAAAAACCCACUUCAGUUUCACCCCAUCUCAAAGGCUCGUCUACCGAAGUUAUAAUUCCCAAGAGAGGAAUGCCCCAAGAGUUAUAAUGCCUCAAGAGAGGCAGGGUCCUGUCCGCCACCUGCAGCACGUGGCCGAACUAGGCCACGGAGCCCCGGAGCUCGCGGACCAGCACCAGUAUUGUGUAAGUGCCAGGAGGCCAUUUUGUCAGCAAGCUGAGAGGAAGACUGAGGCAAGAUGUCAGGCCGGAGUGGGAAGAAAAUGUCCAAGCUGUCCAGGUCAGCCAGGGCUGGUGUCAUCUUUCCAGUAGGGCGGUUGAUGCGUUACCUGAAAAAGGGGACAUUCAAGUACAGGAUCAGCUUCGGUGCACCCGUCUACAUAGCCGCUGUCAUUGAGUACCUAGUAGCAGAAAUCCUAGAAUUGGCUGGGAAUGCUGCGAGGGACAACCACAAGACCCGGAUAGCCCCCAGACACAUCCUGCUGGCUGUUGCCAAUGAUGAGGAGCUCAACCAGCUGCUGAAAGGAGUGACCAUCGCCAGUGGGGGUGUCCUGCCAAGAAUCCACCCUGAACUGCUGGCCAAAAAACAAGGGAUCACAGGCCAGUCAGAAACGAUCCUCUCCCCGACCCCAGACAAAAGAGGAAGAAAGUCUUCAUCAGGCAGGAAGUGGGGAAAGAUCUCCGUGAACACCAAUCCACGGACGCCCAGGAAGUCCAUGUCAAAGGACAGCGGCAAGGAAAGAGGAUCCAGUUCUACUUCUCAAGAUGGGCCAGGGGAUGGCUUCACCAUCUUGUCUUGGAAGAGCCUCGUUCUGGGGCAGAAGCUAUCCCUGACCCAAAGUGACAUGAGCCAUAUUGGCUCCAUGAGGGUGGACGGCAUUGUCCACCCAACCACAGCCGAAAUUGACCUCAAGGAAGAGAUAGGUAAAGCCUUGGAAAAGGCUGGGGGUAAAGAGUUAUUGGACACGGUAAAGGAACUUCGCAAAUCCCAAGGCCCUUUGGAAGUUGCUGAAACUGCCGUCAGCCAAUCCAGGGGACUCACAGCCAAGUGUGUCAUUCACUGUCACAUCCCGCAGUGGGGCUCCGACAGCUGUGAAGAACAGCUGGAAGAGACCAUUAAAAACUGCUUGUCUGCAGCUGAGGAUGAGAAGCUUACAUCCAUCGCCUUCCUGCCUUUCCCCAGUGGCAGAAACUGCUUUCCCAAACAGACGGCCACCCAGGUGAUGCUCAAGGCCAUCUCAGCCCACUUCGAAGACUCCAGAGCAUCCUCUCUGAAGAACGUGUACUUCCUGCUCUUCGGCAGUGAGAGCAUCGGCGUCUAUGUGCAGGAAAUGGCCAAACUGGACACCGAGUAGAGUUCGAGCUGGCACGGAGGAGGACCAAUGUCAAGUCACAGCAGCACGGGUUUAUUUUUUUUAAAGGAUUGAGGAAGGGUGACAUGGCAGUGGAGCAGAGGGCAUCUGAGAGGGUAUCUGAGCAGUGGAACAGGUCCUGCCUGCCUGGGGAAGAGGCCCAGUGCAUUAUACAUUCUCUUUACAAAGGGCCACUUCCGCACUUAGCCAGGUCUCCACCAGGGGUUUCUUUCAUGUGUUUUCUUCCUGUUUUUUAAAACUUUUUUAAAGAAAUAAACAAACAUAAAAUUAGACCUUAUUUAGACUUACAGCAUUGACUUCUACACACACUCUCGCUCUGUCUCACAGACACACAAAUCCUUUCAAAGUUCUUAAGUCAUUGGUUCCACCUUCCAAGCAAAGAGGAGGUGACAGCCAACAUAUACUGAGUAUGCUGGCUGUCUCCCUCAAUGGAGAGAAUAUGGGAAAGACAUCUUGGGAUGCUUUCUAUAAUAGGAUUCCCUCC